AUGAAACGGUUAGUGCAAUAUUUAAGGAAAUAUUCCACCAAACCCGAGCUACCACCAUGUAAUUUCACCCCCAAGAAAUACAAGGGACUUUCCUAUGAUGAGAUGACUCUAAUUAGACAACGCAAUGUAAACCCAGCGUUGACCACAUAUUACUCAAAGCCCUUGGCCCUGCACCAAGGGCACAAGCAGUGGCUGUUCGACAUCAACGGUAGAAGAUACUUGGAUAUGUUCGCAGGAGUUUGUACUGUAUCAGUAGGACACGCACAUCCGAAAAUAACCAAAGCAGCUACAGAGCAAAUGGAUACUUUGGGACACUCUACGAAUAUUUAUUAUCACACUAAAUUGCACGAAUAUGCCAAAAAACUGGCCUCUAAGCUACCGGAAAAAUUGGAGUGUAUAUAUUUCGUAUGCAGCGGUAGCGAAGCCAACGAUUUAGCAUUGCUAAUGGCUAGAUCUUACACCGGCAAGUUCGACGUCAUGUCUUUGAAGAAUUGCUACCACGGCAUGACCUAUCAAAUGAUGGGGUUGACUUCGAAUAAUUAUUACAAGUACCCCGUUCCAGGAGCAGCUGGGUUUUUCAAGACUACAAAUCCGGAUGUGUACAGAGGCUUGUGGGGUGGAAAUAAAUGCCGCGACAGUCCUGUGCAAACGGACAGGCAGUGCUCCUGCGGUACAGAAUGCGAGGCUGGUCUAAAAUACCUAGAACAAUUCAAUUACGAAUUAAUCCACGACAUCCCCAAGGGCCAACUGGCCGCUUUCUGGGCGGAAUCCAUCCAAGGAGUCGGCGGUACCGUCCAAUUCCCCAAAAACUACAUCAAAGGGGUUUACGAAAGGGUCAAAAAUCAAGGUGGACUGUACGUAGCAGACGAAGUACAAACGGGCUUCGGCCGAACCGGCGAUACUUACUGGGGUUUCGAAUCCCACGGAAUCAUCCCCGACAUCGUGACAAUGGCUAAAGGAAUCGGUAAUGGCUACCCCUUAGCCGCUGUGGCUACCACCAAAGAAAUUGCUUCUGGGUUAGCUAAAGCCGGUCAUUUCAACACCUUCGGAGGGAAUCCCGUGGCAUGUACAAUAGGAAUGACUGUUUUAGAUAUUAUAGAAGAGGAGCAGCUGCAGGAGAAUUGCAAAACGGUCGGCACGCAUUUGAUGCUGGAAUUGGAAAAAUUAAAAUCGAAAUUUCCCAUUAUCGGCGACGUGCGCGGUAAAGGUUUGAUGAUAGGAGUAGAGUUGGUUGAAGAUCGCGUGGCGAGAACUCCUUUGAAACCAGACAAAAUGAUGAAAUUCUGGGAGAACUGCCUCGACAUGGGUUUGAUUAUAGGCAAAGGAGGCGUUUUCGGAAACGUAAUAAUUCCACCAAACAUCAACCGAUUAUUUAUUAAUUCGAACGCGUUGCUUAUUUUUAGGUCAUACGCAUCAAACCGCCGAUGUGCGUUACACAACAGGACGCCGAUUUUCUCGUUAAAGUAUUCCAAGUCGCUCUGA